AUGGCCUAAAUAGACAGAGUGACAAAGACAUAGCUAGAACAUGAAAAACAAAUACUCCACCACAAAGUUGUUGAAAUAGUGGCUUUUGGGUAAUUGCAUGCAUGUGAGACAGACAGAGAGAGAGAGAGAGAUAGAAAAAAGCAGCGAGAGAUUUGGGUGGGGUGUGGACUCGAGGAAAAGAGGGAGGGAAGUGGGUGGAGGUGUGGUUGUGAGUGUUUGUGCGUUCRUUGGCGGCGAGGGCUGAGUCUGACAUUUGGAAAGUAGAGAGCAGAAGGAAUUGGGCUUCAACAGAAAGGCUACCAUCAAAAAUCAUCAUGUUGGUUCUUCUAGCCGGAAUCUUCCUCCUUCACCUCACCAGCAUCAUCCUCCUCCUAGUGGCAACUAUAGACAAUGCCUGGUGGAUGACAAAAACCGUGUCCACUGAUGUGUGGGCCAGGUGGAUACUGGCCAAUGUAACCUGGAGCUCCAACGAUCUCCCCGGCCACUACCAUCAAGAAUACCUCCAGGCAGUGCAGGCUAGCUCCAUUCUGGCCUGCAUAUUCUCUUCCCUUGGCCUGUUUGUGUUUGUGGGACAGCUCUUCACUCUGUCAAAGGGACAGAGAUUCACCUUCUCUGGCAUCUUCCAGCUCCUAGCCUGCCUGUGUAUUAUGAUCGCUGCCUCCAUCUACACAGACAUCUUUCACAAGAAUGAAUCGGAUGGUUGGUAUGGCCACUCCUUCAUUCUGGCCUGGAUCUCCUUUGCGUUCACCUUCAUCUCCAGUAUAAUCUACUUUGUCCUGCGAAAGAAGACAGCAAACUAGAAGCAGAAGACUUGCCCAAACCCAAGGGACAGGCUCAAUAUCUUACGAUCUGAUUGUUUUUUGUACAAUUAGGUAUGGAUAUGAGUGUGGGAUACAAAAGGGGAGAGUUGUUAUCCACAUAUUUUCUGGCUUGAAUUUUGAUUCAUGUAUCUCUUUUGGUUCCCACUGAAGUGUGUCUAAACAUAUUGGAUUUACAUAGUAAUAACCUACCUGUCCUGCCCACAUAGUUAUAACUUACCUGUCCUCCCCAUAUAGUAGUAAUCUACCUGUCCUGCCCUCAUAGUGGGGCGGCAGGUAGCCUAGUGGUUAGAGCGUUGGACUAGUAACCGAAAGGUUGUAAGAUCAAAUCUCAGAGCUGAAAAGGUAAAKAUCUGUCAUUCUGCCCCUGAACAUGGCAGUUAACCCACUGUUCCUAGGCCGUCAUUGAAAAUAAGAAUAUGUUCUUAACUGACUUGCCUAGUUAAAUAAAGGUUAAKAUUUUUUUGUAAUAACCUACCUGUCCUGCCCACAUAGCUAUAACUUACCUGUCCUGCCCACAUAUUACUAAGUCCAUGUUUAGUUUUCAUGGGCUCUUUAAUAUAAAGUGGGACAACAUUUUCAAAGUCAAUGAAACUUCUACAGCCCUCAUAUAUUCGUUGGAGAAGGUAUAGGGGAGUCAGAGAGUAUAGACCGACAGUAUCUCAUUAUUUCAGAAUCAUAGUCCUGCUUACAUUUGAUUUAUUUCUCAAUUAGGCUCAGAAUAAAACAAGGCCAAAACACUCAAAACCAAAUAGAAGGAUGAAUUGACUAGUGCCGCAAACAGAAUCCAAUUUCGGAAACUGUCAACGAUCAUUACCCCGUUUGACUUACAGCCCUGUGCUGAAUAAGACAAAUAAUAUAAUGUAUUUGCCAAUGUCCAUACAUGGAAUGGAAUAUUAGUACUAACCUCACUGCUAACUGGACCCCUCCCAUUUUUAGUUAUGUAAUUAUUUUAUGCUUUGUACCAUUAGUCUUAUUGUGUAGGUUAACUUCCGUUUGUCUGAAUCAACCUAUCCCCCAGACACACCCAUGGACUGACAGACACACCCAUGGACUGACAGACAAACAGACAGAUCUUGAGUGCCUUAAUCUGACAGAGCAUAUUUGCUCACUGCACAUUGAGAUAUGUGUAAAUAUGAACAUGCUUGGUUUCACAUUAUGCUUUAUGUCUAAUGCAAUUUUAUUUUUGUUACUGUUUCUUAUCAGUAUGAUAAUGAUAAUAAUUUGUAUUAAAACUUGAUUUAAAUCAAA